AUGGCUGGAAAGGGCAAGUUGAAUGAGGACGGCAUUACCCUGCUGCGGCGCCUCUGUGCUGAGGUUCGCUCGCGGCAUCCGGGGGUCAUCCUUUCUGCAGAGGAGUCCACGAACUUCAAGUGGGUGACAGAUCGUCCCGCAGAGAACGGCACCGAGAGGCACCAGGCGGAGAUCCGUGAUUUGGGAUUCCAUCUCAAGUGGAACAUGGGCUUUGCCUACGAUGCUUUGUCGUACUUUGGGGCCGACCCAGAGGAGCGACCUCAGCUGGAUACGUUCGGGUGGAAGAGGCUGGCAUGGUAUUUGGCGUACGCCUUCAACGAACGCUGGGUGCUGCCCUUCUCCCAUGAUAACAUGCAGCCGAAAAGCUUGCUGGACCAGAUGGCACCUAACAAGCGAGUGGGCGUGGAGGGCCAGUUUGCGCAGCUUCGAUUGCUAUUCUUGUACAUGGUGGGUAUGCCAGGGCGACCUCUGAUGUUCAUGGGCUCAGAGAUUGGCGAAGGCUUUUCCCUAGCCCAGCCGGUUGACUGGGAGCUUGCAGCUGUGGACCCUGACAAGCAGCAGUUGCGCAGCUGGGUCGCCAAGCUGAUGAAGCUCUACCGUCAGUUGAAAUGCCUCCAUCGGCAAGAGGACCGCGCGGAUGGAUUCCAUUGGCUCGACAAGGAUUCCAGCAGCCGCUGUGUCUAUGCCUGGAAGCGCUUGGCCAAAGACGAGCCAGAGGCCAUCAUCGUCGUAAACGCUUCCAUGACGCAUGUCAGCCCGUACUACAUCAACUCUGGAGAUACUUCCGGUGCUUGGAAGUGCGUGGCCGCCACUGCACUUGGCGACUGCGUGACGACGCCACGCUCCGCCCGCGUGGUGAUGGGCCGUGCGAAGUUUGCGACAGAGCUACCGCCCAUGGCGGCACAGAUUUGGGUGCCCUGCGAGUGUGAGGAGGCGGUCGACGAAGCCGCGCUGCUGAACUUCGAAGUCCUCCAUCAGGAGGCCCAGCCGGGUGAUGAGCUGCGAUUGGUCGGCAACUGUCCAGAAUUAGGGAAUUGGGUUGUGUCGGAGGGCGUCAUCAUGGAGACCGACGCCGACACUUUUCCGUUCUGGCACACCUCGAUGAGAAUUCCCUUGGACGUGCGGAAUCUGGAGUUCAAGAUGGUGGCUGUCUCUGCCGCCGGCGAGGAGACGUGGGAGCCCCUGCGCUUCAACCGAUCCGUCAGCAUCAUCCCCGGCGUCGUCCAGCGAGUAAGUAUCGAGUUUGGGGAGGUGUAG